AUGAACUCGAGAGCUUUGUUCUUGCUCGUCACCCUUGCGCUUUUCGCUUAUGCCUCCGCGAGACUCGCGUGCGGUCUCGACCCACUCCAAGAGAAUUUAUCCGAGAUUCUCAUCAAGAAUGACUGCAAGGGAAGACUUAACAAGGUUGACAAGUGCUGCGUGGCACACACCAACUGCUAUAAGGCCAAGAAGAACAAAGAUGCGUGCGACAAGCAAUUCUGCGAUUGUGCCCAUCGUGCCGCUCAGAAGCUUCCACUAUGCAAACUCCAGAUGGACAACUUCUGCGUCGCCGCCAAAUUUUUGGGAGUCUUCAAAUACAAGGGAUAA